AUGUCUGUGGACAUCCCAGGCCAAGCCCUAGACGCGCAAUUCCUCAUCAAUGAGGCAAAAUCGCUCGUGUCCCAACUCUAUGAUCCGGGGAAUACUGGGAACCCCGCCAAGAUCAAAGCCAUCCAAGAGCACCUACAGAGUCUUCAAAAAAGCCCCCAAGCAUGGCUCAUUGCUAAUCAGCUUCUAAGUGAGAGCAGCACGGACUUAAGGUUCUUUGGUGCUUUGACGUUCACGGUCAAGAUUAAUCAUGAUUGGCAAAGUCUAAGCCCUGAGGAGGCCCAGGAGCUUCUAGGACGGCUGAUAGAUCAUUAUGUCUUUCUCGUCAAUGGAGGCGAGCGACCCUUGGUCAUACGGAAGUUGGCUUCAAGCCUCGCAACCAUAUUCCUGAAACCCAACGCUCCCUGGUCAAGAGCACUCUGUAAUCUGGCAGCAUCACUGGCAGACGGGAAACAUGUCUCAGAAGAGUACUGCAAGUCCAUCGAUUUGAGGGAUGCAGUGCUCCCUGCUAUGUCCGAGCGUCAUAUUCACAGAUGGAGUUCAGAACCAAGACGAAGCCGAGAGGAACACCAUACAUACGUAAAUGUCAAGGACGCUUUUUCUGUCGUUGACUAUGUUCUUUCUCAUAUUAUGCGGCAGCACGCCUCUGGGAUUCCGGCAUUAGAUGAGGCCCUGGGCACAGAAGCUAUCAACUCAUAUCAAGCGUGGAUGAAUGUACGGAGCGCAAUCCAAUUGCGUGACUCGUUGUCUGUCUUGGACCUGGCCUCUACGACGGCUUACAUAAUUCAGAGCAUGAAAGUACCUGGACUUGCGAAAUCCGCAACACAGGUUGUGGUCGAGCUGAUAGACUGGCGUGACAGUAUCUUCACCCAGGAUCAUCUCACUGCAAUUAUGGAGUAUGUUGUCAGUGAUUUUGGGACUGCGCACGUCGCGUCACUUAUGGAGGCCGAUUUUGAGGACGAGAAUAUGACGUUCUUGGAUCUUCUCUUGGCUUAUGCGACGUUGAAGCAGAGAGAUCUUAUGACAAAGCAAUUAGACCCACAGCAUGCUAAAAUGCUUACUCUUUUGCACACGCUGUUCAGGGCUCCUGGCUAUGCAGCGGUGGACGAUCCGGCCUCGCCACUUGUUCUAGAGUGGUGGACAGAAGUUGCCGACGACCUCCAGGACUUAUAUUCGGACCUGGAAGAUCAAACGAGUCUUGAGCCUGCUAAAAGGAAUUUGGCCGAAGCGGCUUUGGACUGCUUUGAAAAGCUGAAGUUCCCUAGCCCAGAAGAGCUGCAAGGCUGGGGCGAUGAUGACCGUAGUGAGUUCGGUUCAUUUCGGCGCGACGUGUGCGACUUCCUCCUAGCCAUCUACCCAAUGUUGGGGGUGGAGCUUGUCCGGGUCUUUCAAGAGCGAGCAAGAGUAUCACUGGUACAGCAGGAAUGGCGCACGUUUGAGGCUGCGAUAUUCUGCAUUGCUCAGCUUUCGGAGGCUGUCGAUGAAAACCAACACGCUGACGAGUGUCUCAAUUCGAUCUUCUUCUGUGAUGACUUUGCUCGCCUGUGCGAAGGAAAUGGAGUGCUAAUCCCAGACAAACCACGUCAGACGUUGGUGGACAUGCUGGGAAAGUAUCAGUCGUACUUUGAACGCACGCAUGCCUUGCUACCUCGCGUCCUUACGUUUCUUUUCGCAUCUCUCGAUGUUAGCUCGUGUGCGCCAACAGCAUCCAAAUCGAUCGCAUAUCUUUGUAAAUCAUGCCGCAAUGCUCUCACCUCAGAGCUGCCAGCCUUCAUUGACCAGUUCGAGCAUUUCCGCUUCAAACCCACGGCUACUACUCAUACCAUGGAAAAGGUGUUGGAAGGAAUCGCUGCCAUCAUCCAAACGUUGCCUACGGAUGAAGCAAAGUCACAAGUCAUUGAACGGAUUCUCCAAUUUUUCCAUGGGCAGGCAGAGGCGGCCCGUGAUGAGGCGGUUAGCGGUUUAGUGGAGCAGGCUCAGACCCGUGGUCAGUUUGUGCUGCGCUGCGUCGCAAGUAUUGGCAAAGGCCUAAGAACCGACGGUGAGGUGAACCUGGAGUCGAACGAUCAUGGAGAUGGUGACCCCUACCCGCCAACAUUCUGGAAUACGGGAAGUGGCGCCGUGUCUCAGAGCCUGAUCAUGCAAUGCAUGCAGCUGCUCAUCACCGAUUUCCCUGUCGAUGUGACCAUGAUCGAAGCCGCAUGCGACAUCUUGAAGGCUGGUUAUAUUGAAAAUACAGGGCCAUAUGUCUUCCCACCAAUGGUAACUGUCAACUUCGUCAAGAGCAUACCUCUAGGUAGUGUUGGUACUGACAUAGUGAUGGGUACGGCUUCAUCUUUCCUUGCAUCUCAUAGCUCACAUUGUCAGCGAAUCCGUGACGAAACGAUUGCGCUGAUAGUGCACGUGUAUGACACUUUCUGUUGGAUGCAUGAGAAGCCUGAGUACUAUGACCCCGAAGUCGCCAAUAGCGGCAUCGACUUCCUCACACGCUUGCUCCCCAAAUAUCACCCUUUCUUAUUUGCGCUCACGACGCCGCCCCAAGAAGCCAGCCAGGCUCCUUCAUCCAAUGGGGGUGACCUUCCACGGCCGUCAGUCCUUGAAGCUGUCUUGAAUUUCACUCUCCUGUCAUUGCGAGGGCCUGAACCACUUCCGCUCCGCUCCGCCUCGCAGUUCUGGGUCAACGUGCUGACGCUUCCGAGCGACGGCUCUUCCUCUUCAGGAACUGAUGACGACAUUCUUUCUUGGAUUCCGUCUGGCCUUACGCCGGAGACGACCUCCAACCUCACCGCAGAGCUGGCCAAGCCUAUUUCGGAAGCCGACGAGCCAGGCUACAUCUACAUGUUUUGGAUGACACCGUCGACAUCUGAGUCCAAAGAACCACCUUCUUCAGAGGUAGCCUCGAACCUCAUGCCGCCGACCUCCUCCCCAGGUCGUGACCGCCGCGUAAGCGAUGCCAUUCGGACCGCCCGUGAUCUCAAUGCCUUAGCAUCUGCACCAACUCAUGACAGCCCCGGCACGCUCCGAUUAAAGAUUGGACGGGCCAACAACGUGCAGCGACGACUCAACGAGUGGAGCCGACAAUGCAGCCAUCAUCUCACCUUGAUCCGAUACUACCCUUACACGCCCUCCACCCCGCAACCAUCGCCAUCUCGACGCGGUGGCGGCGGUGAUGAUAGUACGGCAACUCUUGUCCCGGGACGCAAAGUGCCCCAUGUCCACCGUGUGGAACGGCUCAUCCAUCUGGAGCUAGCGGACGUACGGAUCCGCGACCUAGGGAAAUGUGCGGACUGCGGACGGGAGCAUCGUGAGUGGUUUGAGAUCACGGCGGAGAAGACAUCCCUGAAACGGGUGGACGAUUGUAUUCGUCGAUGGGUGAAAUGGGCGGAAACGCAUUAG